AUGUCCACCAUUAUUCCUGAGGAUGCACCAAUUGCUACCCCAAACAUUUUCGGAUUUUUUCGAUAUUUUUGGAAAAUUUCCCCAUAUAAUUGUGGAAAAAAACCGCUCAGAAUUUUCUUCCUAUUCUUCUCACUGGCCAGUUUUUUGGCAAUGAUUUUUCGAGCGUGGUGGAUGUUUUAUAUGGUUGAUGCGCCGAUUUUGUCAUUUGGAUGGUCUGAACGCAAUCUGUACGCAUUCAUUUCAAUGGAAUCAUUUUCAUGCGUCAUUGCAUUAUACUUUAUGACCUCCAAAGGAACAUUGAAGAGAUUUGAACAGGGAAUUGGAAUGCUCAAAAAAAUGCGGAUCAACCCCUAUUAUGAAAAAUAUGACGAAUACUCGGCUUUACGGAAGAAAACUUUUCUGCUAAAAGUGCCAAUUCCAAUAUUUUUCAUUGGAUGCUCUGGAUUUUUGGUCUACAAGAAAUUGGUCAUUUUUGGAUCAGAUUCCCAAAGUUCGUGGUACUAUUAUGUGGAUGCUGGAAUCAUGAUUUUGUGUGCAUAUGUGAAUUUCAUCUAUUUGCCAGUUCAUGGAAUCAUGCAAAAUGCGCUAGCCAGAGAAUUCCACGUUUUCAAUGAGGAAUUGAAGAAUGCGUCGGAGAGUAAGGAGUUGGUGAACCAUCAAAUCCUUCAAAAAUUUGCGGAUCGACAGGUCAAACUGUUUGAAAUCACUAACAGAAUCACUGAAAGACUUCAUGGCUUCAUGAGCUCCGCCCCUUUUCUGACAUUCACCGCAUUGGCAAAUGUGACGUAUUUAGUUACGAACCUCCGAGAAGGCGUUCCAACGUACUACUACGUGUGCAUGAUUGGAAUGAUGAUUUGUUGCAUUAUCAUUUCUUCAAAUUUGCUCUAUCCAGCGGCUUUUGUGCAAGAAGCGAUGCUCCACACAUCUACAGUACUCAUGAAUGACCCAUUUCUCCACCAUUCCCAAGACCCAAAAAUCUACAGUACCUACCGUAUCAUGGUGGAUCGCGCCCAAAAAAAUCGAUCAGUGAAUCUGGUGAUCCAAAUUUUUUCUGUGAACAGAAAAAAUAUUGAGAGAGCCUAUUUUGUGAUAACUAAUAUUGUUUUGGUGAUGUCAGUUUUUCAGAAAAUUUUAAUUUCUUGA